GUGUGUGUGUGUGCCGCCAGUCUGUGUGCAGUGGGUGUGGGUGUUUGUCUCCCUGUAUCCGCCUUCUCUCUCCUCUUGGACUUUUAGCUUUCCUGGGCUCUCUUUCCUCAUGUCCUGCCUCCUCCCUCUCGAGGCUCAAAGUGGGUGCCCUUGUGGACAAGGGGGGCACACUCCAGGACUUAGUCCAACCCCAGAUGCUGCCUGAGGCUUCCCUCCUGCUCCCCCUCCCUUUCUUUCCUCCCUUUCCUCCCUCCCUCUCUUUCCCUUCCUCCCUCCCCCCCAAGGCUGGCGUGCCAGGGGGUGGGACAUGCCAAUCACUGGCUGUGCCUCUCCGGCUGCCAGCACAGGGCGCAGCUCCCCCCGGGAGCCAGGUGUUUGGGUCCCAGGAGACACUGCAGGCCCCCGGAGAAGCACUGAAGCUGAGGACCCUACAGACCCCUCUCCGGUCCCAUGGAAACCCUGAAUCCUACCUCCCCUAUCCACCUUCAGCCCCCCAAGAUGGAUUGAAUGAGGCUGCUGGCCAGAUGGACAAGCUGGAUGCCAAGGUGAUGCCCUUACUCUGAGAAAAAUCUUGUGACUGGAGGAAGGGGCUGCCCCUUCAUUCCACCUGGCUGCAAUGAACACCUCAGUGCCCCCUGCUGUCAGUCCCAACAUCACCGUCUUGGCACCAGGAAAGGGUCCCUGGCAAGUGGCAUUCAUCGGGAUCACCACAGGCCUCCUGUCUCUGGCUACAGUGACAGGCAACCUGCUGGUGCUCAUCUCCUUCAAGGUCAACACAGAGCUCAAGACAGUCAACAACUACUUCCUGCUGAGCCUGGCCUGUGCUGAUCUCAUCAUUGGCACUUUCUCCAUGAACCUCUAUACCACAUACCUGCUCAUGGGCCACUGGGCUCUGGGCACACUGGCCUGUGACCUCUGGCUGGCCCUGGACUAUGUGGCCAGCAACGCCUCUGUCAUGAAUCUUCUGCUCAUCAGCUUUGACCGUUACUUCUCAGUGACCCGACCCCUGAGCUACCGAGCCAAGCGCACUCCCCGCAGGGCAGCUCUGAUGAUUGGCCUCGCGUGGUUGGUUUCCUUCGUUCUCUGGGCCCCAGCCAUCCUCUUCUGGCAAUACCUAGUUGGGGAGCGGACAGUGCUGGCUGGGCAGUGCUACAUCCAGUUCCUCUCCCAACCCAUCAUCACUUUUGGCACAGCCAUGGCCGCCUUCUACCUCCCUGUCACAGUCAUGUGUACGCUGUACUGGCGCAUCUACCGGGAGACAGAAAACCGAGCCCGGGAGCUAGCAGCCCUACAGGGCUCUGAGACACCAGGCAAAGGUGGUGGCAGCAGCAGCAGCUCAGAGAGGUCACAGCCAGGAGCUGAAGGCUCACCCGAGUCACCUCCAGGCCGCUGCUGUCGCUGUUGCCGGGCACCCAGACUUCUGCAGGCCUACAGCUGGAAAGAAGAAGAGGAAGAGGAUGAAGGCUCCAUGGAGUCCCUCACAUCCUCUGAAGGUGAGGAGCCUGGCUCAGAAGUGGUGAUCAAGAUGCCUAUGGUAGAUCCUGAGGCACAGGCACCCACCAAGCAGCCUCCCAAAAGCUCCCCAAAUACAGUCAAGAGGCCCACCAAGAAAGGCCGAGACCGAGGCGGCAAAGGCCAAAAACCCCGAGGGAAGGAACAACUGGCCAAGAGAAAGACCUUCUCACUGGUCAAGGAGAAGAAGGCAGCUCGGACCCUGAGUGCCAUCCUGCUGGCCUUCAUCCUCACCUGGACACCAUAUAACAUCAUGGUGCUGGUGUCUACAUUCUGCAAGGACUGUGUUCCAGAAACCCUAUGGGAGCUGGGCUACUGGCUUUGCUACGUCAACAGCACUGUCAACCCCAUGUGCUACGCACUCUGCAACAAAGCCUUCCGGGACACUUUCCGCCUGCUGUUGCUCUGCCGCUGGGACAAGCGGCGCUGGCGCAAAAUCCCCAAGCGCCCUGGCUCUGUGCACCGCACCCCCUCCCGCCAAUGCUAAUGGCCCCCUUCUCCUGCAUCCUUCCACCCUCAGCUCCAGGGAGAGGCCGGUGGAAAGUGUCCCGGAAAAUGGGCUGCAUCUUCAGCCCCAAAGCCCUGCUCAGGACUCCUCUGGCUUCCCAGGCCCCUGGGUCACCUUCCUGGACAGCCCAGAGAGACUUUGCCGCUUUCCAAACUUUGCUGUUCCCAGACAGAGAGUGAAACCCGGGGAACUGGUUUUUCUGAUCCCUGCUGUGUGGGAAUGGGCCCAGCAGGAGGAUCCGGGCUUUGGUCUGUUUGCGUUUAGGCAGGAAGUCAGGAGCCAACAGGGCGGGCCAGUAGUUUAAAGGUGCAGUCUUCCUUGGCCCAUUAGGGGGCCUGGAUUGCAGUGGUGAUAGCACCUGCUGCAGCUUCAUAUGGGAGAUCACACCAAGCACAGAGAGAAAAGUCUGGAAGAGGAGGGAGGUGGUGAACCCUGGCUGGAAAUCCCCUCCCUACACAGGCAGAACUCAUCCAGGUAGGCCCUAGGCACACUCUCCAGGAUUGUCCAACUUCCCUACAAAUGUCCCCAGGUCAGCCCUAUGUGGUCACCUCCAAGGCAAAUGUCCAAGCGUAAGCAGGACAACAACACCAGAGGAGACCAGCUUGGUUAAAUACACCAAGUCCCAAAGCAGCAUCAAGGACCAGAUGUCAGGUGUCCUAACCAGUCCUCUAUGCCAUUUUCCUGGGGGUGGGGGUGGGAGUUGAGGGGGUAAGGUGCCUGCCAUCCAAUCCCACACCCAUUCUUCUCUCUCCCUACCCUAAAGUGACCUCGGUCCCACCCUCCUGGCUCACAGCCGUUACCUGGGUGGAUCUGCUCUGGGCAGAUCUAGCCAGACCUCCUGCAUGCUGCCUGCCUCCAGCCUUGCCCCACAUGGGUCUGUCCCAGCCAGCAGAUUCUCUUCUGUAAACUCCUUAAUCCAAUCCGUGCAUGGCUGCCCUGCCACCCUACUCUCCAGGCCCUGCCUGGCCCCUGUUCUUUUCUUCCAUCCUCAGCAUAUGCUGAGUCUGUGAAUAAAAGCCACGUAACUAGUGGGCACUAUAAGGAAUUCCUCCCUGUUUUGGCCCCAAGGCCAGGAAUGCAAGGACAGGGAAGGCACAAGAACUACAAUGCAGAAAGUGAGCUGCGGCUUUUAAGAUGGAUCCAGGAAAGACAGCAUUGAAUGGCUAGAUCGACUAACCCUGCAGGGGGGCCCCAGCACAACCUGUGGGUCCAUGGCUCAGGUGAGUGGUGCUAAACCAGGCAGGCCUGACCUCUGAAACAGCCCCAUGUACUCUGUACAUAGCAGCUCUAGGGCCUUAUCAUUCCCAGGAGGAACAGAAUUCAUCCAAACUCCUAUUUGUAGCUGGGGAAACUAAGACCCAGAGACCCAAGAGGAUUCUUUUGGAUUAUAUAACAAAACAACACCCAGGCUUCCACAACCUCCUGACCUCUAGACUGUAGGGGUGACAGACCUAGGAUACUCAGGCCAAAGCAUUCAAUCAGGGAAACCCUUAGGGCACAACCUAAGCAUUGUUUUGGUAAGGGAAGUUCCCAAAGCCUAAUGAAAAGGAACCUGAACAAAUUAACCCCACAGUCCUAAGCAGUGGUUAUCCAAGUAUAGCAGUAGUCGGGUGUCCCAAGGCUCACCCAGAUGUCAGUGAUUUGCUGGGAAAACAGAGAGCUCUGCAAGGCCACUAGAGUCUGUCACUGUCACAGUGGAAGAGUUCAGAAGGAAACAACAGAAUAAAGCACACAGAGCAGAAUCCCAGAGUAACCAGGCACAAAAUGCCAAUUCUUUUCCCAGGAAGUCACAGAAUACUUAAUUCUCCAGCAAUGAUGUAGGACAGCUUACAUGACAUUCUGCCAGCCACAAACACCCUCCAGAACCAUGGUGUCUGGUGUUUGUACUAGAGGACAGGCAUAGGGAGGAACAUGGCUGACUGCCCACACCGUUGGCCUCAGUGUCCAGCCCCUCUAGAGGCUUAACAGAUAGAGUGUGGCCUAGGACCUCCACCACAAACCAUAUUCUUAGUAUAGAUUAUCCGAUGUGCUCCAGACAAGCAAAGAUUUUCUUCAAUGCUGGAUAAUCCAGUGGUUAGCCAAGAUUGCCUGGAGCCAGACAAGGCCUGCUAAUCUAACAGAAGCCCAAACCAGGAAUAUUGCCUGCACCUGGGAACUUAACUAGGUAAAUUUCUGGGAUCACUAUGGAUUUAGUAAAAGAAGAAUUCCAAGGAUGGAAACCAGCUAUCUGUAACCAGCAGCCUCAAGGUGAUUCUGGUACACAUUAAAGUUUGAGAGGGGUAAAAAAAAUAUCCUAGAAGGCUGAGGUCCUGGGUGGGGACCCCCCAAAAAAAUCCCUGCAGGCUUGGAGAGUUGGCUCAGAGGUUAAGAGUACUGGCUGCUCUUCCCGAGGUCCUGAGUUCAAUUCCCAGCAACCACGUAGUGGCUCACAACCCUCUAUAAUGAGAUCUGGUGCCCUCUUCUGGCCUGCAGGCAUACAUGCAGACAGAAUACUGUAUACAUAAUAAAUAAGCCUUUUUUUUUUUAAAUCCCUGUAGAGGAAGGGGUGGGAUUCACCCCCACACAUUUAGCUUCCUGAACUCCCAGAAACUGUUGGACCUUGAGAGCUUAUCUAGCAGUUCUAGCUGGGGUGUGCAUCUCCUGGUAUAUACCCUUGACCUUCCUCCUUUAUCUGGGAAGGUCUUCCUCUUGAACUGGGUGUACAGAUUUGGACAAGAUGAAUAUGGAGGGAUGAUAGAGGAAGAAGACACCUACUGAGCCAGUCGGAUCAGUUGCAUCAACCCUAUUAGCCAAUGGGGUGUCAAAUGUCUCAAUCACCUUCAUCACCCACAAGCUAUGGAAUGGUUGCAACACUGUGGGCAAGGAUAGCCCACUAGGUGGACAAGGAGAAGCUGGCCAGAGCUGCAGGAGAUACAUGGGAUGAUCUUAUGUAAGCCAUGUACCCCGUAUCACCAGUACAGGUUGACAGCUGAGACCCUGGUAAGGGCUUCUGGCUUGUUCAUGCUCCCUUGUAGCCCUAAGCCCCCUUCAGAAAUAAAUGCCCUGCCUGUGUCAAGGGUGUGGAGGUGGAGGGCGGAGGAAGCUGAGCAGCACUGGAAGAAGUGAAGCUUUGGGACCAAUGGAACAUCAAGGAAGGAGGGGAUGGGACCAGCAUCAGGAAGGAUGGGGUGAGACCAGCAUCAGGACCGGAAAUGAGAGUAGCAGCCCACACCUAUCACUUGUUCCCUCUCCUGGGGACCUCACCGGGGUCCUGCUAUGCCCUCCACCAAAUAACCUUGGUUAGGCAUGCCUCCUGUCUUCAGUGUCUUCAUCUCUAAAAGAGGAGCAAGCCCUUUGCAGGUGUCAGAGGGAUGCGGCAAACUGGUAAAAGCAAUUGAUGGCUGUACCGUCGGUGUUACCACAGAAGAGGCUGCCACAGGUAAUGGCCUGUCUAGUUUCUCACCCAGGUCUUACCCUGUACCUCUGUUCUGGCUUUGGGAAGUCUAGAGUCCUAUUCCCCCAAACCAGGAAGAAGAAUCUUACAUCCCAAUGUGACUGGGUUUGAAGAGUGUCCAGCGCACACCUGGGCAAGAAGGAGGGUAAAGUCCAGGUGGGGUCUGGGUCCUGCAGGCCUCUGAAGAAAGAGUUGCCAACCCAGGAUGGAGAAUAACAUGAGGCUGAAGGAAGAGGGUGGUUGCAUGGGCAUCUGUCCAUCUCAAACACAGCACCCACUCCUACCCUGAGGGAGUCUCUUUACCCCAGGAACAAAGGCCUUUUGGUAGAAGUAAGGAGAGAAUAAGGUCGCUUUGUGAAUACCACAUCUUCUACCAAUCCCAGACUGGAGCUAGCCUGAGGAGGAACAAGUUAGAAUCCCUCCCACACUCAAAGCCCAGCCUUACUUCCAUUUCCACCAUGACAUUUUAGCGCCACCUGCUGGCAAUUUAAGAAACCUGACGUUUAAAUGCUCUUCCCCCUGCCUUUUUUUUUUUUUUUUUUGGACAAGCUCUUGGUAUGUAGCCUUGGCUGGCCUGGAAUUCAUUAUAUACACCAGGCUGGCCUUGAACUCUUAGAGAGCUGACUGCCUCUGUCUCUGAAUGCUGGAAGUAAAGAUGUUCACCAUCACACUGGCCAAAUUACUACCUCUUCUUCCUCUUCCUCUUUCUCAUCCUCCUUUUUAAAACUAGUAUUGGGACUGAAUCUAGGGUCUCUCAUAUACUAGGCCAACACUCUACAAAUGAGCUAUAUGUCUCAUCCAUAAACUUUUUUAUUAUUAAAAACACGUUGCAAAAAA